AUGACUUCUCCCCCACCUACUGAUACAUCCUUUGAUGUGAACAAUCCACAUGUGCCGUCAGGCGUUAUAGACCAUCUAAUAGAGAUCUUUCGUGUCAAACUACACCUCCAGCCUUUGCAACUAUUCAAUAUAUCUGAACUCAAAGACACUCUCACUUCGGCACCUCAAUAUCUUCUCUACAGUUUCUUGGCGCUCACUGUGCGGUAUAGUGCUCAUGAAUUCUUCAAUGGCAAACAGGCCAAGGCGGUUGAGUUGUUUGGUAGCUCUGCACAGCAAGAGGUUGCCAUCCUUGCUUCUCAGGGUAUUCCUAAGCUCGAGAUUGUGCAAGCUUUAUGCUUGCUUGUCCUAGUUGAUGUCGCAGCUUGUAAGCCAGGCCGAGCGUGGAUGAGCAUCGGAACAAUGUCCCGACUUGAGGCUCUCCGAAAAUUGUCCCAAAGUUCUUUCUAUGAAUCAUCACCCGACCUUGAGGCCAGCCUGAGAUGCCAUUGGACCGUUGCUCUCCUAGAGCAAACAUUCAUGCCUCAAGAGCGUAGUAGUAUAUACGACAAUGACGAACACAGAUACCCAGCUAGCGCUCGUAGGCCACCUUCACUUCCGCCCACGAAUGAUGGCGAGUGCCCUCCAGAUCUCUUCUCAGACGAUGCAUCCGAGGAUCUGGGAGUGACCGCAUAUUAUAUCAGCGUUAUCGAGAUGUGGGGUCACCUCUCAUCAUACAUGCACCAAGUCAGAAUCGGAAAAGCAGAGACAGCAUGGUUACCGGGUUCAAUGCAUUACAUCCUCUGUGCAGAGCUUUACAGACAUGAAACCAAGCUUCCCCAUAGCCAUCUGCUAAGAAACGUCCAUUUCACGAAAAGAAUGGCCGCUGAGCUUCAGGAUCAGCGCGAAUACUGGAUACCAUGGCUUCUCAUGCAAGUAGUUACUCACGCCAUCACCGCUAUUCUACAUCAUCCUUUCAUCCACCUAGUGGCUAUGCGAGAUAGAUCUAGCGGACUUCAGGCCCGUUCCUUCUUACAGCAGACUGUCGAUCAGGCUCUAUUUAAUUCAGCAUGGGUGUUCGAACUCUUGCGCUUAUGUGAGGAGCUGCACUUCGAAAUCUGCGACCCUUUAGUAGGGCAGCUAGUAGCUGUAGUCGCAACGAUACCUUGGCUAUUCCAACGUGCGAUUGAUCCGAAAGUCGCCGGAAAGGCAAAGGGCGAUCUAGAGUGGUGCAAAGGGUUCUUGGAGAGACUGUCAUCGACAUGGCCGCACAUUGCGCAAAAGACCUUGGACUCUACCGCAGACAAUAGCUCACUGCCGCCCGCUGGUAAGGGCAUCUCUAUUGUUUUCCAUCCAGCUCUGUUUUGGGCUCUGGUAGAUCCCAAGAUCAGCCAGAUGACGCCCAUGUGCGGAGAGAGUUCAAGUCGUCCGCAAGAUGCUAUGAUUCGCAUCUCAACGCAUUACAUCCAUCCUUUGACUGAGACACAGGUGAGCCAGUUGGCGCCGAGUCAAAGAGAGGAGUCAUUUGAUCCUUUCAUGUUUGACGUUGGGGAACUUGAGGAAAUCAAGCCCAAGUGGCUUGCGGAUAUUAUCAUCUUUUCUCAAUCGAGCAUCCUGAAGGAGGAUGGGGGCUAA